GAGAGGGUCACGUGCAUGUGCAUUGUGCGCGCCGAUGUACCCGGCCGAAUUCCGACAAGAGCUCCUCCAGUGUCUACCACGGUCCACAACCAUCUUCUAACGCAAUCACAGCGACCAUGCAAAGAACAUACGGACGUAAGAACUCACGCCGUGCACGACCAGACUCACCAGAUGUAGAGGCCGUGCUUUCGCCACCGCGGAAACGACCCAGAAUCGAGGUUGAGAUCGUGCAGCCGCCGUCCAGUGCGCAUUUAUCACCACCUAAAAUAACUAGUCCUAUCCGAAGAAGUACGACGAUGCCUGAUGUUGGCUCAAUUUCGAGUACGCCGUCAAAAAUUCGUACGCCGACCAAGCCAGCUCGGGAUUUGAGCACGUUGUUCUCCGCUUCUCCCCAUCGGACGCCGAACUCACCUGGAAGGUCGCUCGGAGUGGUGAAACGUAUGCUGUCACGCUCACGCACGGAGUCGUCCGUUGAUCAUAAUGCUGGUCACAAUGUCUGCUCAUCCACCCCAUCGUCUAACGCACUUCCUGUCCAUUCUUCUCCACCAAAGAUAGCUUCCUCGUGUUCACCUUCCCCAACACAGAGCAAACCAUUACUCACAAAGCACACACGGACGUAUGCUGGCGCAUCACGUUCGUACCGUAUUGCACUUCCGGCAGCUGAUCUCGCAGACCCAGAUGACACACGUGAAUCUUAUGCUGACUUGCGGUCUCGGUGGGGUGUGGACAACUCCGAGGACGAUCCAUGUCCUUUCGACAAUGAUACUCGGACACUGAAGAGGACCUCUAGCGUGGGUUCACGGGUACUCGCGAAUGGUAUGAUGAAUGAUCUCAAGAGUAUCACGGAGUUACGGAGCAAGGGUCAAAGUAGACGAUUCCUUGACGAGGUAGGGUAUCUAUUUGAAGGCAUAGAUAGUGGUUGUGCUAUUGCACUCCGCAGAGCUAGUGUCUUGGAAAUCGUCACUAAAUUAUGUGACCCCGAAUUCAACCGCCGUGCGAAAACAUCUGACUUUUAUGCUCGCACUUGGGAUGUAUUCCUCAAAGCCCGCGGAGACGGUCCAGAUAAGGUGUGUUCGUUUCUUUAUCUCAAGCAUGUUGACCCUUUCGACGUUAUUUGCUACGAAACAUGAACUCAACAUUUUGUAGAUUCUUGACGCUACCCUCUCUUUCUUUGCGUUCCUUUCCACCCGGGACAUCCAAACCCUUUCCGAGCUCGCUCAUAAACCCGAACUCGUCCCCACCCUCCUCGAUAUUCUGCGCUCCCUCACUCCCUCCUCAGACACG